CAUAGAAUGAAGAUGGGGAUCGGAGUCUAGUAAUUUAGUUUAGUUGGCCAGCUGGCGGUUUUGCCACUGCCUUAGCAAGCGGUCUCGACGGCUUCGUGUGCUCCACGGUCGUCCAUAUGGGGGCUGAUAUUGCGUGUUGUCAACAACAAGUCGCAACAUCCGGGGAGCACCCUAGACAGACACACGCUGGGAGAUCCUCAAACGGACCCGAUCUUGCGACCAAACAGCCAUCCCAGACGCGGUGCGCUGGUUGGUGGUCAGCCGGCCGAGAACGAGGACAUGCGAGCAUCUCAUUGGUAGGGACGACAUUUCAGGCUGCUGACUCAAGAUACGUAAGUCAGUGCCCGAGUAGACGUUACAAAAGCCCCCCCGCUGCGCUUGUCGGCGACGGUGAGUGGCAGCAGCGUCUGUCUGCAGAGCCCUUUCGAUGCCUCUUUCAGACAUGCGCGAAUGGGUGGUGGGCCAGAUAUGCAUCAUAUACUACUCCCUCAGCCUGCUCAUCUAAGCCUGGCUUACCCCAGAUAAGGUUCGAUGUGGUGCGGUGGCGCUGGGUUGAGACAAGACAAGCCACCCCCUUCGAGACUGCUGGAUGAACACGGUGCGGUUCCGUUCCACGAUGGACCUGUGAACAGUCAGGUCGAGAGAGGUAUGGUACUGUAUGGUACUGUAUGGUACUGUAUGUACUCUUAGUAAUUUAUGAUACAGACCAGGGUUGCGGGUUUCUCGGACGGGGGGACUCGACCUGGUCCAGCUUGUCGAAGUCUCCACUCCUGUUCCCAUUAUUCACAUUCCCAGUCCCAGGUAGGGCUCGGGUUUCGAUACCGCACCCGCACUUCCUUUUCUGCA